AUGAAACACCACCACGGUGUCAUCAUCGUAGGCAAUUACAUCGCCAUCAACUGCAAGACUGCAGAGAGCGGAAUAGCUGAAGAAUUGGGAUGUUCGCAGCCCACAGUGUCCAGAAUAUUUCAUGACGUGCUAGAACGAAUUGUACAACAAGCCGAAGAAUUUAUCAGGUUCCCAAAUACAGAAAAUCAAAUUAUGCAGGCCAAAGAGAAAUGGUUGACCAGGUUCUGUUUUCCCACAGCUAUUGGAGUUAUCGACUGCACGCAUAUUCGUCUUGAUGGAAAACCAACCCAAGUUGGAGACGAAUAUCAAAAUCCGGAAAACCGCAUACUAUCGGAGUUAAUUUUGCCAGCCGUUGAAGAGGUUUUAAAAACUGUUUUACACAAACCUGCAUCUGAUAUCAUUAAAAGAAUUCCCUUAAGCAACAAUACUGUUGAAAGUCGUAUUGAUGAAAUUGGUUCUGAUAUUGAAAGCUUCUUAUGUAAUUAUUUGCAAACGACCCAUUUCUCUAUACAACUGGACGAGUCAACUUUACCUGAUAAUGCAGCAUUAUUAUUGGCAUAUGUUCGUUUUAUUAUGAAUCAAGAAACCUACGAAAAACUGCUCUUCGCAAGAACUUUGAUAACCGACACUAAAGAUUUUGAAUCUAGGUUUGAGGAUAUUUUGACUAUGGUAAUACCACCGUGGAUGAUUAAUCCAUAUGGUGACAUAGAAGAAACGAAUGUCAUAAUACAAGAGGAACUGACUGAACUAAGUACAAAUGAAGAACUUAAGGUGGUGGAAUAA